AUGGGGUUCAGCAUUGGAACAUGCGUGGAAACAACCUUGGGCACAGGAGUGCUCGUUGAAAUCCGCCAGGAGGAUGAUGUGCAUGUCGUCCGCCUAUGGAGAUCGAGAGGUGCCGGCUCGGCUAAGGCCUACCUCCACCCCGGCGCAGUCUUGCGAGAGCUCCCGGCCGCCGUGGGAGUUCGAGUCAAGACACCCGAGGGGGAUGGUGUGGUCGUUGGGUUCAUGAGCAGGGGGCGCGGCGGAGGCGGAGGGGGGGGAGGAGCCGACGUGUUUCUCGUGCAGAUGGGUUUCUCUGCGGAUGGAGAAAUGGCCUUGAUUGAGGGAGACAGCAUCUCUUGCCCGGUUGCUAAGGUCAUGCCCCUCGUGGAGAGGGUGCUCGACGGAAGCAACGCGCUCGUCACCGCGGAGACGAAGAGCGCCAUCGGUACCGGCGCGCGCGACAUCCUGGCUAAGAUAGAAGGGACGGUCUACGGCGUAGAUGCAAAGGCAACUCUUGGAGCCGCCGCAGAUACACUCGACGGCGGAGGGAAAGCCUCAAGAGCAACAGCGCCGGCAACAGCAGUAGCGGGCGAACACCAUGAAGAGGGUGUCGAACCAGGAGCUGGGACAGGGGGGCACGCGGAAGACGAUGGGGAUGGGAGCGGGGGGGGGGGGAGUGCACGGGACGCGGAGGCGCAGUUGGCGGAGUUGACUCGCGCAGAGACGGCCAGGAUGGAAUCCCUUGUCGAGAGCGGGCGGCAGCGGUUAGAAGGGCUAAUUGAUGCGGCGCUGAGUGACGGUAGCGGAAGCGGUACAAGUGGCAACCAUGGCGGAGAUGCCGAGGGGGGGGUUGGGAGGGCCGGGGCUGAGCUCAUGCGUCUCUGGGAAGAGGGGAAGGAGCAGCUGUCGGAGUUGGCCGGGAAAGGUGGAGAGGCGCUGGAGCUGGAUAAACACUUCUCCGCCCUGAAAACCCUGUCCAAGGAGAGUCCCGAGCUGGCCAAGAUCGUCUCCGAUCUCGAGAACGGUCUCGAGACCGGUGCCGCUAAGGCUCGAGAAUUGCAGAGACAAGUGGAGGGCACAAAGACCGUGGGUGUUCUGAUGGAUGGCAAAACUCGACUCGCGACAGGCCUUGGCGAAGUCGUCGACUCCUAUCGGGGGGAUGAGUCCGUGGCCAUGGCGACGGAGCGGGGGGGGCGGCUGCUGAAGGCUUUGGCGGAGAAAGAAUCCCCCGUUAUGACGAAGGGCAUGAAGCUGCUCAAGGGAGCACAAGAGAGGGUAAUCGCGCAAGGACAAGGAGACGGCUGGAGGAAUAUGCUAGCCGGCUUGCAGUCGUCAUCGAUGGUUUUGGACGGUCAAGGGCGGUUGGCGGAGAUGCUGAGAGCGGCGGCUGACACUGGGGCAGGCGGCGGAACCAUCCAAGACGUCCUCGGACUCUUGAAGGGGGACCCCACUUCCCGAGCAACAGAUGCCUCCGUUCGGUUGCUGGAAAACUCCAUGCUCGCGUUCAUGGAGGCGGUGCCACCCCCCUGCCCUCGCCCUGGUACGGCGUCGGAACAAAACGGAGGAGGCGCUGCGGCUACAGAGGGCGACGCCUCCACCUUGGCUGAAGGAGAAGACCGCGACGCCUCAUUGGUUGAAAAAAACGCCUCAAUAUCUUCGGUCGAAGAAGCUGCUUCGUCGCCGGCGGCGGCGCAGAAACAAGAGGACCCACAGGGAGGCGUUGUUGUUGGGGGGGGUGAAGGGGGUCGCUGGUGUGCUCAGGACCUCGUUGAUCUAUUCGAGAGCGGGGAGCUUGCAGAAGAGCUGAUGAGGGGCUUGGCUCAGCAGGCAUCUUCCCAGGCACUGACAGUCAUGGAGCGUUUGUCGGAGACCCAUCUGGCUCAAGGUUCAAGGGGCAUGGAGUCAUUGAAGAAGCUUCUCCGAGGAUACCAGCAAGGAGAGACUGGUCUCGACGAGGCCAUGACUUGCGCCCUCGACUUCCUCAACUCUGAGGAGGGGCAGUCUCUCGCCGGAGGCCUUGUGUCUCAAGGGGAGCGGGGGCUGGAAUCGCUCAAGACCAUGUCGAAGGACGGGGCGGUCGGGAAGGUGCUGGGACAGCUAGCGGACCCCGGGUUGGAGAGGAGAAUACUGGAAGGGAUAGAGGGACUCGACACGGACGAGCUGCUGGAGACCGCGGAGAAGGCGAUCUCCGACGUAGACGCCCGAACCCGGCUGCUGGACGGGAUCAAGGACUCCACCGUUGACUUCUUGCUGGAGUAUCUGCCGCACAUCGAGGUACCCCCCAUCUCCGGCACCAGCUCUAGGGUGGGCUAUGCCAUCACCAACCUCGACCUGUCCGGCUUCCGCCUGCGGAAGGAAGACGUGGACGUGCAGCUCGUAGACCUCUCUGGCGGCCUCGAAGUUGCCGUAAAGGAGGGCGGUAGCAGCAACAAUGGUCGCGACGCUAUUUCCGAUGGCGCUGGUGGUGGUGGUGGUGGUAGAACGGAGGAUGACGAAGAGAUGGCGGCGGUUCCCUGGGGUGCGGCGGUAAAGGAGGCAUCAUCACGACCCGGGGAUGGGUCGUUCGUGUCCCUUCCGGAGCAGAGGCGGCAGGCCGCGUACGCGGCCGUGCUCGGAGGGGCGGGAUCGCCACGCCUCCCCGAGGAGUUGCAGGUUUCUUGGGGUCAUCACGGCGAGGGAAAGGGUUUCGACGAUGGAGCGGAGGCGUUUGCGGAGGACGGGGGUGUUGUUUCGGCGUCCCCGCCGGUGCCUCCCCCGAGGGAAGACAUGGCCCCCGCGGAGGUGCUGAGAGUGGUCGCGAGGGGGGUACGGGCGGAGUUCAAGACUCUGCAGUGGGCGUGUCGUCAGGAGACCUUCCCGUACACUUACGGCAACGGCACCGCUGACGCAACAGUCGUGGACGGUUACGUUUCUCUCGGGUUUUCCAUCAAGAGGGGCAUCGUGGACCGGGAGAAGGGGAUCGAGGGUCCCCUAUUGGUGUUAUCCACGCGGACGGUUACCUUGGAUCGGCUGGGGCUUACCGUUGCCAACUGCCGCAUGGCUUGGCUCAUCAACCUUCUGACCAGGCUCUUCUCGAGCACCAUCAGCACGUACGUCUGCCGGUCGCUGCAGGAGCAGGUCGACGGACAUGCCUCGGCCCUCCUAGGCACGGUGAACGCUUACGCGGAGGGCUCCUGGCCGUUCCUGCUAAGUCUAACCAGCCUCAAGCUGGAAGACUUCCCGCUGGCCACUGAGAAGGAGCUGGCCAUGGCCAGAGGAGAAGGCCGACCACAGGGAAAUCCCGGAGGCGUUAUGGCGAGCAUCGCGGGGCUCGCGGGAGGGGCGACGGGAGCGGCAGCGGUGGUCGUGAAUCACCGUGCACUCGAGGAGGCGUUUGUGGUACAGGGGGAGGGGCGACGCGUGUUGAACCUUAAGGGCUUCGUCCAGGAAGACUUCGGCGUGGUGUUUGACGAGGUGGGGGCGGAGUUGCUAUCCGUGGGCGGCGCGUCUGUUGAGGGCUUGGAGGGUACGAAGGUGCUGGGGCUGCUACGUUCCAGCCCGCGCCCGGUGCAGAUGAUGUUCAGGUGCUACGUGCCGGACGUUGCGGAGGCGGUGGCGGCGUCAGCCUUAGGCAAGGAUGCGGAGGCUCUCCCCCCACCCGACGGGCUGGUGACUGCUACUUUCAAGCAGAGGAGUCUGGGUGUGAAGUUCCGUGCUUCCUCUACCUUGGGCACCCGCGUGACGACGGUGGGAGGGUUUUCUAGAGACCUGGAGGGCAGGAUGCGGGAGGCGGAGGCCAGCGGGCUCUUGGUUCCGGGACAGCUGCUCUACAGCGUGAACGGGAGACGGGUGAUCGGACAGGAGUUCGCUGACCUCGUGCGCGGUCUGCAAAAGGUCCCAAGGCCCGUGACGUUCGGGCUAGCUCCCAGCAUCGACGUCCGGGUGACGGUAGAUGCGCCGCCCCUGGAGCUAGAGCUGCGGAGGGUGUCCGGUCGUGUUACCGUUACCGGCUUCUGCGAGGUACCGACGGCCCUCGAAGCUUCCGGCGCGGUCCAACCGGGGGACACCCUCAUCUCCGUCAACGGCAUCCCGCUCCCCGGUGCCGGGUGCUAUCGCAAGGAUGCAGCGUUGCUAGAGGCCCCGGGCAUGUUCCCCAUGCGACUGAGGAUACGCAGGGCAGGCGCGGCGGCGGAGGAUGCUGACGGGGGUGACGCGGAGGGCUUCGUGGAUCCCGCGAGGGGGGGGCGGGGGGCGCAAGCGUUGGAGGGGUCGCUCUCCAGGCUUAAGCAGUACCAGAACGCCGUGUCGGCGUCACCCUCAGAGGUCCUAGCGGCAACGCCGGAGGACUUGUCGCUCAAGGUGGAGGAAGGGAAGGACGGCAGGCCCGUCGUGUUGUCCAUGCCGUACGUGAGGGGGAAGCUGGAGAAGGGAGGCGUUAUUCAGCCGGGGAUGGUUCUGGUUGCGAUUGACGGGGCCCCCAUCGCGGGGGGGCACUUCGCUUCGGUGUCUGACUGCCGCCGCAGCCUCGACGCGGUAGCGUACCCCUGCACCCUCACCUUCCGAGACAUGCCAAAAUGGUUGUCUUGAAGAAGAACACCGGUGUACCCUGUCUGCUCACUUUACGGCAGUCACAAAGGGGGGGAGGGGGGGGGAGGGAGUUCGGCGAGGGAGAUCGCCUCUGGCUUCGUUUACACACUAACAAUUUUUCUUGUAAUCGAGUCAAGCUACUCGAAUAACACAAGCUAUUAUAUAUAUUUUUGACGUCCUGCUGGUCUACUUCCGCGAUCAAAGAACAAGGAUUGAUUCCAUCAAAAUCGGUCAAAGGAUUGUAGGAAUGAAGCCAUCAAACCAGUCAAGCGUUUCCAUGUCGAGCAACACGAAGCUUCGUUGGCAAGACAAAAUAUUUUGCGAAAGAAAGUUUGGUUCGUUGCAUUGUACAAGGAGUGCCGUGUGCGGGGGGGUUGAUAUGAGUAUUUAUCUUGACACAUGAGUGGGCGCGCAGAUGGUGGACGGUGCAGGUGUAUCUGCGCGAAAGAUGGUUUAAUCUACCUCAGAGGGAUCAUAAGCCUAGAGGUUGGUGACGGCGUUUAGCCGGUGGGAUCUUUUUUGUAGCAAGGAUCGUGGGUGUCCACGUGAAUCAAGGGUCUACGUUGAAUCUGCCCGCCCCCCCCGCCCCCCCACACACACAAAAGAAAGAGGGUGCGAAGGGGUGGGUCCGCCCGCUCCUGAAAGGGACGAGGCUUUCGUAGCGCUUUGAUUGAUUCCGACUAACGGACGUGCGCUGUUUGGUGAAAUUUGUUAUUGUUUGUUGUGACUUUUCUUUUGUAGUGUUUUCGUUGGGGUUUUUCGAAAGAGGGUUGGGGCGAGGCUGUCCUCUGCCCCUCGACUGGAGUGGGUUUUGUGUAUCCCCAUC